AUGCCCGGACAAGGACCCACGGUCUUAGGGCUUGUUCAACAGGCGCAGUUCGUGCAGUUCGUGCUUGACCCGUGGACCGCUCGAAUAUGUGCUGUGAGCGAGGGCGCAUGCGAUGCGUUAGGUUAUGCUCCCGAGGAGCUAGAAGCGCUGACGCUGUGCGGUUUAAUUGACGGCUUGCCGUUACCGGAAUGGCUGCAGCUGGUUGCCCCCCUCGCGACCGGGGAGCAGCGCGGCGCGAAGCUCGACGCGCUUCUGAGACUAGGAAGAGGAGCAGACGGGACGGGCGGAAGCGCAGGGGAAACGGUUGGGGAAAACGCGGUGGGAAACGAAAAUGAGGGUUUCGUUGGGGGGGACCGCAUUGGCCGGUCCAGUAGCCGAAGCAGCGGGGGAGGUUCGGAAGCAGCGGGGUUGUCGCUGGCUCGGCGGAAGACUUGGGGAACGGGAGCUGGCGGUGCAGGGCGAGGCGGAAGCGCAGGCGGGGGAGUAAGGGGGGGGGUUUCCGCUGGUGCGGAGGUUUCUGCGCUGCACGCGGGGCUGCGCACGAGCACGUCGGAGGAGGUGCGGUCGUUCUCGUCCACGUCGGACAGCUUCUCGCGGGACGGGUUCGCGCAGAAUCAAAUAUUUUCGGAUGACGACGACGACGAUGACGAUGACGAUUAUGGCGGGGACGGGAUGCUCGGCGCGCAAUGGGCGGAAGACGGAGCGGCGAGGCGGAGGAGCAGGCGGAAGCACAGGGAAGGGCGGAAGCGGCUCCAGCAGCAGCAGCGGGAACAGCAGCAGCAGCAGCAGGGGAGGGAGCAGAGACAGGAGCAGGGGAAGCAGUUGGGAAAGGAGCAGUUUGCGAGGGAGCAGCAGGUGGUAACCGCUCUCGGCGAGUCUCGCGAAACGAACAGUGGCGCGUCUGCUGCUGGCGGGAAGCCCGUUCUGUUUUCCAUCCUGCUCCAAUACUUCGAGACCAACGGGGAGCGCGAGCUUGUAGCAACGGCGCACCCGCUCCCGCAGCAGCGGGGGCAGCAAGGGGAACGGAACGUUGACGAUGACGUUCACGCUGACGUUCACGCUGACGUUGACGUUGACGAUCCCGCGUCCCCAUACCCCAAGUCCUUUUCCCUUACCACUCAGCCACUGACGGGCUCCGGCGGCCCGGGCGCCUUGAGGUGCCUCUUAGUAGGCUCCUUGAACCACGGAAGCGGCUCGGAGCAGCAUGACUGGAGCGUCCGCGGCGGGCAGGGCGCAGCGGGGGAGGCUGGCGGGAUUGGCGGGAAUGGCGGAAGUUGGGAUGUUGGCGCGGGCGGAAGCGGGGGUGAUUAUAGGACGGCGGAUAGUGGGGGAGAGUACAAGGGGGAGGGCAAUAGAGCAGGCUCGGCGCUUCGGCGGGAAGCUAGUCUAGGGACAGGGAUUCGACGAGAGAGCAGCAUAGGGGCGGGGCUUCGGCGGGAGAGUAGCGUAGGCUCGGGGCGCUUACCGCCUUUGCAUUCCCAGUCAAACGAUGGCGAAGCGAGCGUUCCUCCGCAUGCGUUUGUGCAUGCGCACGCUCUCGAGAACAUAGGCAAGGGCCCGAGCGUGAGUGCGAAGGCGAAUGUGAGUGCAGCAGUGCAGAUUAAUCCGCAGCAGGUGGGAAAUAGGCCGCGAUUAAAGGAGUUUAAGGAUAACGAGCUGACGUGGGAAGAGAAGGUGACGUGGCAGAUGGGGGAAGGCGCGAGCGGGGAAAGCAGGGGGAUAGGUGGCGGCGGCGGAGGGAGCGGGGGGAGCAGGGCGAAGACGGGGAGCAGGGGGAGCAGGGGGAGAAAUGGCGGAAGAGGGGGGGGGGGACUGGGGCGCCAGCGUAGCUUAGACGCGAAUUUCGUGCAAGAGAUAGGUUUCGCGAGUAAAAGUGACUCUGAGGAGGAUUUCCCGCUCGGGCGGAGAGGGGGGGCGGAAGGGGAGCGGAUGGGGGGAGCGGAACGGUUUGGGGGAAGCGGAACCACGGUUGGAGGGGGAAGAAUGGGGGGAGCGGGGGCGGGGGGGAAGACAGUGCGGGGAAUGGUGGCUAUGUCCCCCGAGAGGAGGUGGUGUGGGACGAGCGGAGGGGGAAAGGGGAAGACAGGGGGGUCGUGGGGCGGAGAGAAAGGGUUUGUGGCGGAAGAAGGGGAAUUCGAGGCGGAGGGGGAGGCGAGGGGGGAUGGAAGGGGAGAGGUGAGGGGAGAGGGAAGGACGGAGGGGAGGGGGGCGGGGAGGAGACAGGAAAGAGACCAGCUAGACGCUGUUGUUGGUGGUGGUGCUGGUCGUGAUAGGGGCGGCGGCGGCGGCGGUGGUGGUGGUGGUGGUGGUAGUGAUGAUGAUGAUGAGACUUGUAUAGGGCCUACGAGGGCACAGACGUUGGGAAGGCUGUCUGAGAGGAAUGGGAGAAGAAUGAGAUUCAAAUCAGAGGGCGGCGGUUUCACCCACUCAUGGCUGGAUGACGUGGCGGACUCCCAUUGGCUCCCGGACCUGCACGUCCGGGCCCUCCUGGACGAGGCAGGGAUAGGCCUGGCGGGGCUCCGCCUGGGCAGUGGCGAGCUGGUUCACUGCAGUGCUGCUCUAGCCGCCAUCCUGGGGCGAUCAGUCAAUGCACUAGAGGGCUCUCCGCUGCAGAACUUCCUCAGCGCCCCUGCCAUUCGCAGCUUCCAGAACUGGUUCGGAAGCAUCUCAGCAGCGACUCUUUCAGCACACGCGCAGCACCUAUCACCUCACGCCACGUGGCACAGACAGUCCCACCAUGACCUGCCCGUCAUCCUGCCAGGUGGGUCAUCUCAUCUCUGCUCUGUGCUGGCUCUAUCAAUCGUUCUCAGAAGGAAUAUGCCACGUGGCACCAGCAGAAGGAACAUGCCUAACGUCCAUCCAUCUCCCCUUACAACCCCACAGGAGGCAGCAUGCGGUGCAUUCGCCUCACAUGCCACGUGGCACCAGCAGAAGGAAUAUGCCACGUGGCACCAGCAGAAGGAAUAUGCCACGUGGCACCAGCAGAAGGAACAUGCCUAA